CUCACGCUGAUCCCGGCCUUCAAGGACCACUUCCUCGCCGCGCGGCUCUUCGGUGAAGACCUCAACAAGGCCUCGCGGCGGCCAGUUCCCGAAGCACAGGGUGUGAUCAGCGGGGCCGUGUUCCUGAUUAUCCUCUUCUGCUUCAUCCCCAUGCCCUUCCUGAGGUGCUUCGUGGAGGAACAGUGCGCAGCCUUCCCUCACAAUGAGUUCGUGGAGCUCAUCGGUUCGCUCCUCGCCAUCUGCUGCAUGAUUUUCCUGGGCUUUGCAGAUGAUGUUCUGAACCUACGCUGGCGCCACAAGAUCCUUCUUCCUACCAUGGCUUCCCUCCCGCUGCUCAUGGUGUACUUCACCAACUUUGGGAACACGACCAUUGUGGUGCCUAAGCCUUUCCGGGUGCUGCUGGGCAUGCACCUGGAUCUGGGUAUCCUCUACUAUGUGUACAUGGGCCUGCUAGCAGUGUUCUGCACAAAUGCCAUCAACAUUCUUGCUGGAAUUAAUGGAAUUGAAGCAGGACAGUCUCUGGUGAUAGCUGCUUCCAUUAUGAUAUUCAACAUUGUGGAGUUAAAUGGGGAUUAUCGAGAAGAUCAUAUUUUUUCUCUCUACUUCAUGAUUCCCUUUUUUUUUACCACGCUGGGGCUGUUUUACCACAACUGGUACCCAUCUCGAGUGUUUGUCGGGGACACUUUCUGCUACUUCGCUGGCAUGACCUUUGCUGUGGUGGGGAUCUUGGGGCACUUCAGCAAAACAAUGCUCCUUUUUUUCAUCCCACAAGUGCUGAACUUCAUCUACUCUUUGCCUCAACUCCUCCAGGUCAUUCCUUGUCCCCGUCACCGGCUGCCAAGGCUCAAUCCUAGUACUGGGAAGUUGGAGAUGAGUUACUCCAAAUUCAAAACAAAGAGCCUGUCUGCCCUGGGAACAAACACUCUAAAGGUAGGCCAGAUCUUGCACAUAGUAGAUGUGAGGAGUGGAACGGAUGAAGAUGGUGAAUACACUGAGUGCAAUAAUAUGACGCUUAUUAACUUUGUUAUAAAGCUGAUUGGACCCACCCACGAGCGAAAUCUCACUCUCCUGUUGCUUCUCAUUCAGGUCAGUCAAAUGGUUCCUCCAGUAGAAAGAUGUACUUUGUAAGAGAAAUAGUCCAAAUCAAGAGUUUUGAGGGGAAACAGUGGAGUAAAGUAUCAUGCUCUUCACGCAAGACGCAGUUGAGCUGUGGACCCU